AAAGGAACAGAAGAGUAAUAAUAAUCAGAACAAAAUAGUGGAAACACGCAGGUAUCAAACUCCCAGAAAUAUCCACACACAAAGACGAAGCAAUUUAUAAACUUUUGGCUGCUUUGUCUUAAAUCUGAAUCGUUCUUUUGUGUAAUUAAUAACCGUUUCCUUCUUCACCCACUCUUCUCCUUCUUCUUCUCUCUCACCUAAGAGAUCUUUUGUUGUAGUCGUUGACUUUCAGUGGACAGAAAAAAAACCGAUUUUUUGAAUAAAUAAAAUAUCAAUGCCAUUUUGUACGGAAUUUUCCUGAAUUUCCUCUUCUGUGUCUCUGAUUUUCUGAAGAUGGGUAAUAGAUUUAUCUGUAUGAAGAAGAAAGAUGUUAUCGUCAGAACUAGUGGAGGAGAUGGAUCUAGAAGCAAGAGACUAAACCGUUCUCAAAGAAAAUCGAUUGGUGAUGAAGAGAUGUUGCAUCGACGAGCUUUGUCUCUGGCAAUUCAUCAAGCUCAGCUUUCUCAGAGAUUCGAUGGAUCCAUGUCUAGACGGGUCGGGUCUACUAGCUCCAGAAGACGAUCACUCUCUGACCCAUUUUCCAAUAACAAGCAGGUAUCUGAUUUUUUGGAAAGCUUGACAGUAAAGAAAUUCAUUCUUGUGCAUGGUGAAGGGUUUGGGGCAUGGUGUUGGUACAAAACUAUUGCUUCAUUGGAAGAGUCAGGACUAUCUCCUGUUACGGUCGACCUCGCUGGAUCUGGAUUUAAUAUGACAGAUACAAAUAGCAUUUACACCUUAGAAGAAUAUUCCAAACCAUUGAUCGAGCUCCUUCAAAAUCUUCCAUUGGAAGAAAAGGUAAUUCUGGUGGGUCACAGUACUGGAGGUGCAUGUGUUUCUUAUGCAUUAGAGAAAUUUCCAGAAAAAAUCUCUAAAGCUAUAUUCAUAUGUGCCACUAUGGUUUCUGAUGGACAAAGACCCUUUGAUGUCUUUGCUGAUGAGCUUGGUUCUGCUGAGCGGUUCAUGAAAGAGUCGCAGUUCUUGAUCUAUGGAAAUGGAGAGGACAAGCCUGCAACAGGAUUCAUGUUCGAGAAGCAACACAUGAAAAGCUUAUACUUCAACCAGUCACCCAAUAAGGACAUUGCAUUGUCGAUGAUCUCGAUGCGACCUGUACCAUUGGGUCCUAUGAUGGAGAAACUGUCGCUUAGUGGAGAAAGAUAUGGGAGAGGUCGGAGAUUCUAUGUUCAGACGCUAGACGACUUGGCACUUUCACCGGACGUACAAGAAAAACUUGUGCGAGAGAAUAGUCCCGAAGGAGUUUUCAAGAUCAAAGGAAGUGAUCAUUGUCCUUUCUUCUCUAAACCUCAGUCUCUUCACAAGAUCUUUCUUGAGAUCGCUCAGAUUUCUUAAAAGAGAGAAAUCUUGAUUUCAUUGGGAAGAAAACUUCUAUAAUACUUUCAUUUGUUAACUUCUUAGCUUUUAUACAUUUUAUACUGUAUUCAAUGUAUUAAUACCAAACAAAUUAAAUUAUCGUUGU